AUGUUUGCGACUCUCCGUUCGUUUGCAACCCUUUCCCUGGCCGCGACCGUCGCUGUUCAAGCUACGAGCCUCACGAGGCGCGCUGAUGCCGGCCAGGUUUUGAUUGGAUGCUACCCCGGAGGCGCAGGCGGAUGCCCUUGCCCCACUGACCUCAACGGUGACUCCGGCGUCUUGAUCAACGUCUUCCCCGGUUACCAGUGCGCCUACCCUUCAGGCGCCUGCGCUUGGGCUAUCGCUAGCGGUCAGCUGCAGGACAUUGCCCAAGGGAACUGCCCGUCUUCCGCUCCCUGCGCUUCCGGGGGCUGUGACUGCCCUGCUGACUUGAAUGGCGACUCUGGCGUCCUCAUUAACCAGUUCGAAGGAUACCAGUGCGCCUACCCCAACGGUGCUUGUACCUGGGAUCAGAAUGGAGACCUGCAGAACAUCUACCAAGGCAAUUGCCCCGGCAGCGCCAAGUGCUAG